GUGAAUCGAAAUGAGUGGCAGACGCCCUCGGGGUUCACUUCUCAAGACAGAGGUUACCUGAGAAGGAAGCCCAGAGGAAGAGGAAAGAAAGAGGAGUCAGAAAUGACCCGUUCCCAGGUGCUGUUGACCUUCAAGGAUGUGGCCAUUGAAUUCUCUCAGGAGGAGUGGAAAUGCCUGGACCUUGCUCAGAGGGCCUUGUACAGGGAUGUGAUGUUGGAGACCUACAGGAACCUGGUCUCUCUGGGGGGGAUCUGAAGCUGUGUUGAUUCAGAAAUGAAAAGCUUCAUGAUGUGGGAUCUGGACUUUAACCUUUCCCUUUCUUCAGAUGAUCUGCCAACUUUACACUAGAUUAGUGAUGCUUGUGCAACCUGAAUAAUCACAAAACCUUGUAGUAAAAUAAAAAAAAUGAUUUCCUGGUUUUUCUCCUAUACUUUUGAUUCAGUAAUUCUUGGAAGAGAGCUAGAUGUCUAAAUAUUCUUUAAGCAUUCUGAAAAAGGCAUUCAGUAGACAAAUUAGUGAAAUGUUUUUGUAGGUCCACCUGUAAUAUCUUCUCAUCUUAGCUGAACAACGGGCUGGGUUUAUAUUCUGGAAAAGCCCCAGCACAUCAUGUUUCUGAUCUUAAUAUUUUUUCUACUUUGGAGCAAGGGAAAGAGCCCUGGGCUGUGGAGGGUGAGGUAAAAAUAGGGGGAAAACCAGAAAGGUGGUAAUGUAUCAAAGAUGUGAACACUGGUAAGAGCGCAGAUGGUCAAAGAAGAAGCUACUUCAUCAAAUAUUGUUUGAGAAAAUUUCCCCGAAUAAGAGAGGUCUGUGGGAAAAGAAAAGUACUUGUGAGCAGUCACAGGAAAUCUCCUCUUAUUACUCUGUUCUGCAGUCAUGCAAAAAGUUACCCUCCAA